AUGCGUGAGUGCAUCUCAGUCCAUGUUGGCCAGGCUGGAGUCCAGAUUGGUAACGCCUGCUGGGAGCUGUACUGUCUGGAGCAUGGCAUCCAGCCCGAUGGUCAGAUGCCAUCGGAUAAGACCAUUGGUGGUGGGGAUGAUUCCUUCAACACAUUCUUCAGUGAAACUGGAUCAGGCAAACACGUUCCCAGGGCUGUGUUUGUAGACCUGGAACCUAAUGUUGUCGAUGAGGUUCGAACAGGCACCUACAGGCAACUGUUCCACCCAGAACAGCUCAUCACUGGCAAAGAGGAUGCAGCCAACAACUACGCUCGUGGUCACUACACUGUUGGCAAAGAGCUCAUUGACUUGGUCCUCGACCGCAUCCGAAAACUUGCUGACCAGUGCACCGGUCUACAGGGCUUCCUCAUUUUCCACAGUUUCGGUGGCGGCACUGGAUCUGGUUUCACCUCACUGCUGAUGGAGCGCCUGUCUGUUGACUACGGCAAAAAGUCCAAGCUGGAGUUCUCUGUGUACCCUGCUCCUCAGGUGUCAACUGCUGUAGUGGAACCUUACAACUCCAUUCUGACCACCCACACCACCCUGGAACACUCUGACUGUGCUUUCAUGGUCGACAACGAGGCUAUCUAUGACAUCUGCCGCAGGAACCUGGAUGUAGAGCGCCCGACUUACACCAACCUCAAUCGUCUGAUUGGCCAGAUUGUCUCCUCCAUUACUGCUUCUCUCAGGUUUGAUGGUGCUCUGAAUGUUGACCUGACCGAGUUCCAGACCAACUUGGUUCCAUACCCACGCAUCCACUUCCCUCUGGCCACAUAUGCCCCAGUUAUCUCCGCUGAAAAGGCAUACCAUGAACAACUGUCAGUUGCCGAGAUCACCAACGCUUGCUUUGAGCCUGCCAACCAGAUGGUGAAGUGCGACCCCCGCCACGGCAAGUACAUGGCCUGCUGCAUGCUGUACCGUGGUGAUGUCGUCCCUAAGGAUGUCAAUGCUGCCAUCGCCACCAUCAAGACCAAGAGAAGCAUUCAGUUUGUGGAUUGGUGCCCGACGGGAUUCAAGGUGGGCAUCAACUACCAGCCCCCAACUGUGGUUCCUGGAGGCGAUCUGGCCAAAGUCCAGCGGGCAGUGUGCAUGCUGAGCAACACCACGGCUAUCGCUGAAGCCUGGGCUAGAUUAGAUCACAAGUUUGAUCUCAUGUAUGCCAAGAGAGCUUUUGUCCACUGGUAUGUUGGUGAGGGUAUGGAGGAAGGAGAGUUCUCUGAAGCUCGUGAGGAUCUUGCAGCCUUGGAGAAGGAUUACGAGGAGGUUGGUGUUGACUCCACAGAUGUUGAAGCUGGAGAAGGGGAUGAAUACUGA